UUGCAUUAUUUUUUCAUUAAGUUCUACACAAACCUGGCUUUAUCAAAGGAGGUCGAUGGAAUAAAGAUAAACCUCCUACCUACAUGCAUACAUCAUGGGGAAUAAAACAUGCAUACAUGUACUUCUAGUCAACUCGGCCAAAGUACAAGUGCGCAGUGUUGAAGUAUCGAUUUCUCAGUACAAAAACAAUUAUUCGGGAAUCACUUUACUUGUAAAAUGGUGUUCAGUGGGAUAUGGGAAGUCAUCAUUACGUGAGACUUUGUGACAGGUUCUGCUCAGAGCUUUUCAACACUAUUUUUCACACGAAAAAAAAUUCACUGCUGUUAAUGCAAGGCAGUGUUGUUAUUAUUCGAAAUCGAUACUGAAUUUUACUGAAAGUAUUGACAUGAAAGUAGUAGAAUCGAGGUUCGUCAGUCCAUUCCACGAUGGCGUCUAGAAUUCGUGUGCUUUCGAAUCUGUUGGGAUUUCUGCACCCGAAUAACGCCCCUGCCUCUGUGGCUGGCAAGCAGUUGUCCAGUGCAGCUCCCCACAUUACUAAGGCAGAUGACUGGUGGGGGAAAUGCAACCGUAUACAGAUUCUCGACGGAGAAAUGAGCUAUUACGACUCGGACCCCGGUCAGACGAAGUCUCGCGAUGCUGUGGUGUUCCUUCACGGCAACCCAACGUCGUCUUUCCUGUGGCGCAACGUGAUUCCUCACGUCGAAGGAUCGCAGAGAUGCCUUGCUCCCGAUCUGAUCGGUAUGGGGCGAUCCAGCAAGCUGCCAAUUACCUACAAGUACAAAGAUCACUACAGGUACCUGUCAGCCUGGUUUGAUGCUGUGAAUCUGCCUCCAAAGGUGUCUAUCGUGUGUCAUGAUUGGGGGUCUGGACUUGGCUUCCAUUGGUGCCACAUGCAUCCAGAUCGCGUCAAAUCCAUCAUUCACAUGGAGAGCAUUGUAGCCACAGUGCCCGACUGGAGUGUCUUCCCAGAGAUCGCCCGCAAGAUGUUUCAGAGUCUGCGGUCCGACGCUGGAGUGGACAUGGUCUUGGAAAACAACCUCUUUGUGGAGCUUCUUCUCCCAAGGUCCAUCAUCCGUGAACUGAGCGAUGAUGAGAUGGAAGCCUACCGUGAACCGUUCCGUAAUCCUGGCGAGGAUCGCCGGCCGACGCUGACCUGGCCACGUGAGAUUCCCAUUGAGACUGACGGACCACAAGAUGUGGUUGCCAUUGUCAACGCUUACCAUGAUUGGCUGUCACAGUCGGCCAACAUCCCCAAGCUGUUUAUUGAUGCAGACCCAGGAUUCUUCUCUCCAACGAUCCGCAUUGCAUGCCGCAAUUGGCCCAAUCACAAGAUGGUCCAAGCCAAGGGCUACCAUUUCCUUCAGGAAGAUUCUGCUGAUGAGAUUGGCAGAGCAAUCCAUCAAUUCCUGUCUGAACUGUAGAUUGAAUGUUUAAUCAGCUCCAAGAGCUUUGUGCAGCUGCAAAAUGAUUUUUUUUUUUGCUAAGGAAGAGAUUGUUUGGGUUCGUGACAAUUCAUAGGGAUAGUGGCCCUAUACCUCAACAUCUUGAAUUGGAACUUUUCGGAAGUAGAUCAAAUUUUUCAGGAGGCACUUUUCACAAGCCCCACUCCACCCCAAUUUACACUUAAUGUAGAGAUGUGAGCAACUGCAAAGAGAGUAGGUCAUCGAUGCUUUUGUUGUUGUAUGCAGCCCAUUAAUUGUGAAUGUGCGUAAUUUUUUCAUUUAAACCAGACAGGAGAGAAGAUUAGCAUAAAUAUUCAUGAGACACGUUCAGUGCCCAACUUUCUGUGGACCAUUAAAGAAAAUGUAAUUUGUGAGCUGCCUAUAUCCACUUUUCUUUGUGAUGUGUAAUACUGUUGACUAGGGCAGUUGUGCUAAUAUCUUGGCAGUUAAUUUUUGCAAGCAGAACAGAUUUUGAGCCAAAUUACAUGAUACUGUCUACUGUAAAUUGAGUAAUUUGCCAACUGUAACUCAAGUUCCCCAAAUAUUGUUGGAUCAACUUUUAGUAGGUGGGCAAAAAUAAUUUUGCAAGCAGUGAUAAGUUUGGGCAUUGCAGUAGAUUUUAGAGGUGCUUGUUAUCACUUUCGAUGAAUUCAUUAUGAAAACUAAAACUAGAAAAUUUGUGAUUUUUGCUAAAAUACUGAAUCGUAUGGAAAUAUUGAAUCUGAAAUGGUUUGUAAAUCUGAACUUGACUGCACAGGUCAUAAAAUGAUAUUAAGGAGCUGGCCAAAGGCUCAUUUUUGUAAGCUUCUGCAGCAGUAAUUUUAAGUUGGUCACUUGAAUAUCAUAUUGAUGUUUGUAAGGGCAUUUAAUGGCUGAAAAUACUUUUGCACUCAUCAGUUUGUAAUUAAUUGAGUCUCAAAAUUGUGUUUAAUGACAGUUGCAUUAAAAAUCUGUUGAGUCUUUGAAA